UUCUCAGCUUACCCAUAGGUUGCUCUCACUCUUUUUCUGUCACUCUCACAUUAGUCCUGUCUGUGUUCCUGCUCUCCUCUCAGCUUCUUAUUGCAGUCUUAACUGAUCACACAAGUGCUGCACUGGACUAAAAGACACCCUGUCUUGCUGCUGUCCCAGAUUGAACGGAAGGACCCCCUUUUCUUAGGAUCAUUUUUGCCAGGACUUGGGAACAAGCGUCUGGAUCUCAGCUUGGAGUAUCUUCUCUGCACUGGAACUUGUCUGUUGGAUGUCAUUUUAAUUGGUGUCCAUUCCCUACUGUAGCAGUCUGUUUGAGUGUGUGCACCUCUGAGUGAGUUUGAAUUUGUGAGGUUGUGUGUGUGGGACAAAUAGGCAAAGAGCUGCGGUGCUGGACUCCUGCAGUGAUUCCAGGUUAAUUCCUCAUUAGUUGGCCCGGUCUCGGCUGUGAACAUGGCAUCAUUGAGAAGUUUGAUUCUUGCGGUGCUUCUGGCGCUGCUCUGUUCCUUCCACACCCCACUGGCUCCCACUGCCAAGGCACAAGAUCUGCCAUUCCGCUUUGAGGAGGGUCUGAUGGCUGAUGACGACGACGACGACGAUGACGAUGAUGAUGAUGAUGAUGACGAUGAUGACGAUGAUGAUGAUGACGAUGAUGAUGAUGAUGACGAUGAUGACGACGACGACGAUGACGACGACGAUGAUGAUGAUGAUGAUGAUGAUGACGACGACGAUGAUGAUGAUGAUGACGACGAUGAUGAUGACGAUGAUGACGACGACGAUGAUGAUGACGAUGAUGAUGACGACGAUGAUGAUGACGAUGACGACGAUGACGACGAUGAUGAUGAUGACGACGAUGACGAUGACGACGAUGAUGAUGAUGACGACGAUGAUGAUGACGAUGAUGACGAUGAUGACGAUGAUGAUGAUGAUGACGACGAUGAUGACGAUGACGAUGAUGAUGAUGACGAUGACGAUCAUGAAGAUGACGACGAUGAUGACGACGACGACGAUGACGAAGAUGGUGAUUAUCACAAAGGCUCUCUGUGCUCAUACUGUGAAUUCUGUGAGCACUGUGACAGCUGUGACAAAUGUCCUUGUAAAGAAGGAGACAAGUCUGAACACUGCGAUGACUGCAAGAUGUGCAAUUUCUGCCACGUCUGUCCUGCUUGCAAUACUCUUUGCCAGCCUGGAGGUUUCCUGGAUGAAGUGACUGGAUCGAUCUACAAGACUGUGGCUGACGUGUUCGACGACGAUGAUGAUGACAACUGAACCCAACCAUAUGUCGCCACCAUGUGGCCAAACUAAUAUGUUUCGCUUUCACCUCUAAUUUUAUGAUGUUAUUUUUGUCUUUUUCCUUGAGCACAUUUCAUGUUAGCUCAGCAAUGACUGAAGAAAAGGUGUUAAAGAAAUAACUUAAUAUAUUUGUGUACUGUUGUUAACUGACAAGGCUAAGUCGUACUUUGGAGGAAAAUGAUAUAUUCGAAGUCAUAUUUGGGAUGUGUUAAAUAAAAAAGGAGGGUACAUUU